CACACACACACACACACACACACAUCUGCAGGAAAUUCCCCAGGUCAGUCAGGCUGAGCUACAGCUGUGUGUCAGACACACUGUACUGCUGAACUGCCGAGGAAGAGUCGACACACACACACAGAGAGAGAGAGAGCUUAUAACAGGAGCCACAAUGAAGACCUCUGAAGCUGAAGAGUCUGCGGUCAGCAUGGACAGUCCCGUGUGCCUGAUAGACACCGCCAGCGAUGGGAAGCUGUGUGUGCAGCCGGCGGCGCUGCAGAUCCUCCAGCAGAUCCAGCAGCCGGUGGUGGUGGUGGCCGUGGUGGGGCUCUACCGCACCGGGAAGUCCUACCUGAUGAACCGGCUGGCGGGGAAACACAGCGGGUUUGCGCUGGGCAGCACCGUUGAGUCCAAGACCAAGGGCAUCUGGAUGUGGUGUGUUCCCCAUCCCACUAAAGCAGAGACCACCCUGCUGCUGCUGGACACUGAGGGGCUCGGAGACGUGGACAAGGGCGACUCGAGGCAUGACACCAUCAUCUUCAGUCUGGCGGUUCUGCUGAGCAGCACUCUGGUGUUCAACAGUCGAGGAACCAUCGACAACAAGGCCAUCGAGGAGCUCCAAUAUGUGACUGAGCUGACGGAGUAUAUCAAGGUCAAAUCCCCUGAUGAAGCUGUAGAUGACUCAGAGUUUGUCAAGUUCUUCCCGAGCUUCAUCUGGGCGGUGCGGGACUUCACCCUGGAGCUGAAGAUCGACGGUGAAGACGCAACAGAGGAUCAAUACCUGGAGUUCGCCCUCAAGCUGAAAACCGGAAACUCAGUCCAAGUGAAGAAUUACAAUCUCCCGAGAGAGUGCAUCCGGAAAUACUUCCCGUCCCGCAAGUGUUUCACCUUCCCGUUCCCGAGCCAUCCGGACAGAGUGUGUGACCUGGAGUCCCUGGACCCAGCGGAGAUCUCCGACCGGUUUCUGGAGGUCAGCGAUCGCUUCUGCCAGUUCAUCAAUGAGCAGAGCCCAGUCAAGCUCCUGAAGGACGGGCACACGGUCACCGGCAGAGUUCUGGGUCAUCUAGCGGAGCUGUACGUCAACACCAUCUCCAGCGGGGCGGUGCCGUGUCUGGAGAACGCAGUGGUGGCGCUGGCCCAGAUAGAGAACCAGGCGGCGCUGCAGGAGGCUCUGCAGGUGUACCAGGAGGGAAUGGAGGAGAAGAAGAGAGCCUUCCCUCUGGAGCUGGAGGAAAUCUCUCUGGAGCACCAGUGCUUCAGUCUGAUGGCCAAACAAACCUUCAUGAUCCGCUGCUUCAGGGACACUGACGGCACACACCUGGCGUCUUUAGAGGAGGCCAUCGGUCAGGAGUUUGAUCGCUAUCUGUGGGACAAUGAGAAGGCCUCAGAAGUCAAAUGUGAAAAUCUUCUGUCGGUUCUGUCUGAGUCCAUGAAUGAGAGGAUCAGCGAAGGGUUCUACGCCAGGAGCGGAGGCUACGACCUGUUCUGCUGCGACCUGGAGGACACUGUCAGUCAGUACAACACACUGGCCUAUAAAGAAGUCAAGGUAGCACACUCAACUGCACACUACAGCCAUGAAGAUGAAACAGUACACUCUUCUCCAUCUGUAAUAAUUUGUGUGCGCGCGUGUGUGUGUGCCUAUGUGCGUGUGUGUGCAUCGGCAGAGGAGCGUGAGCGGGCGGUUCUCCUGGAGCAGCAGGUGGAGGUGCAGGAGCAGACGCGGCUGCAGCUGGAGCAGCAGAUGGAGACUCAGCAGCGCAACAAUGAAGAGCAGAUCCAGCAGAUGCUGCAGCAGAUGCAGACAGAGCUCAGCCUGCAGCAGACACACAUGCAGCGCGCGAUGGACUGCAAGCUGAAGGAGCAGGCGCAUCUGCUGGAGCAGGGCUUCCAGGAGCAGGCGCAGCGCAUGGGCAAGGAGAUCCAGCAGCUGCAGAGCAGGAACAGGGAGCUGGAGGACCGCAGAAACCAGGAGCUGGCCCAAAUGAUGGAGGCGCAGGAGCGGAGGAACAACGAGAAGAUGGAGAUCCUGAGACAGCAGCACCAGCAGCAGAUCCAGGCCAUCAACAGCAGACCCAGACCUGCCUCUCGAUCCUGCAGCAUACAGUGAAGAACACACACACACACACACACACACACACACACAUACA